GACAAAGAAAACCAACCUGUAAACGGAGAUGAUCAAAACACAGCUAAUGCUUCUACAGUUACUAUAAAUACUUAAACACGUUUUUUACAGAAGUGCAAAGUUUUGCUGAUUUUGAUUUGUACACUCUGUUGCAAACAAGUCCCAUGGGGAACAGUGUGGUAACAUACUAUCAAACACAAAAACAGCUAGAUAACAAAAGACGAACGAGACUUGUUGAUAUAAUCAUAAAAUACUUAUAUACUUAUAUAAUAAGAAAUCGCUUACGUCACGAAGAAUAUAACAAAAUUACGGCAAAAAUAAUAACGUUAUUUCCGACCGAAACAAUGGGAAUAUAUUAUGUACCAGCUGUCAGGAAAAAUGCGUCCCUUACAGGAAAACCCACUCCAGCUAGAGGGAAGCUUGUUGACAAAGUUAAAAAUAUGGUCUUCAACUUCGACGAAGCCACACCAAAAAGAAGAAAACGAAAACACGUAGACACUUCCGACAACGAAGCAUCUACGAGUAACGCCGCGCAGUUAUCACUAAAAUUUAAACAAGAAUUAAGCAAUAAUGAAGAUUGGCAGUGGAUGAAACACAAUAAUGAGCCCUGGACAGAAGUUUUGAUAAGAUGGGACAAUACAUAUAACCUACGUCAUGACACUUUAAACAAAUGUUCAAAUGUUUAUGAAUUCCUUGAGAACUGGACCAUACUACAAGAUCAACGUGCAGAUGUACUGAUUAACCAAGAUUUCAAAAAGGCUUUUCCAGGAAAAGAAAUUAAUUUGUUUACGAAAUGGAAAACGUUUUUUGAAACGGUUAACCAAGUAAAAGGCAGGCCCAACGAGGAUUUAAUCGAAUUAGCGAAUGAAGAUACUGAUGACAUUAUUUUCCUUAAGCAGUUGUUAAAAUUGCCCCAUCUGAUUCCACCGAAAGGGCGGAUGGUAACGAAAUCCCACAAACACUGGAAAUAUUCAACACUUGAAGUAAUAGAUGCAAUAUGGUCCUGGCAAAGGGUUCUGUACUGGCAGAAGAAGAUCAUUUGGAUAGUUGUAAUCCUAAAAGUGACCAACCAAAUACCGAAGGUGAAAGAGUAG